CUGAAAGUCCCCAACAAAUUACAUCUCUCCGAUCUCACACAUUGACAAAUGACGUUGCGAUUCUUCACUCUUCAAAUGAUGCCGUGGUGCUUCCAGUUAAUGGGCAGCCACCGCAUCUCUCGCGCGCAGCUCCGUCCCAACGACCAAGCCCGCCCGAUCUGCACGAUCAAGCUUGUCAAAUCGGACGGGCUUGUGUUGAUCUACCACCGGCCAAUCCACGUUUCGGAAGUCAUGAUGGAGUUUCCGAAACACCAAGUGUGCCGGUCCGAUUCGUUCUACAUCGGGCAGAAGAUCCCGGCACUGUCGGAGGACGACCAGCUCCAGCUCGGUCACAAGUACUUUCUCCUCCCCCAGCAGUUUUUCCAAUCUGUGCUUUCGUUCGUCACCAUUGCCUCCUUCAGCAGCAAAGACUCGUCGAGAAACGCGUUUGUUAGAAAAGCGGCGAGCUGCGAGCCGUUCGAUAUACAGAAAACGCCGUCUGGGUGUUUGAGAAUUCGCGUUUCGGACGAGUUUAUAUCGCAAUUGCUGGAGGAAAAGAAGCUCGAGGAGGACGCGGCGGCGGUGGAGGCCAAGAGCGGAGUUUGUACGACGGCUCAGCUGCAGAAAGACUACACACAGCUUGUUGGGGCACGGCAGUGGAAGCCGAGGCUCGAGCCCAUCAGAGAGGCUCGGGAGAAGAGCAGAAAGCUUUCUUCUUUUGGGCUGAGGAGAUCUUCCAAGAAGAAAUCUCAACCAAAUUCAUCGAAGGCUUCCCAGAAGCAAAAGAGUAGUUCUACUAAUGGUUCUUCCAAAGCCAAGAUCAAGAUCAAAUCGUCGAGAAAAUGAUGAUUAGUGCCUUUUCAAUGAUUAGUUAGGAUUUAGAUGUUAAUUAGGAGGACCCUCUUUUGAUUUUCAUUAGAUUGAAGUGAAUAUACUCAUUAUGUAAAUACAUGAACAUGUUUUCGUGCUCUUUUUUUAAUACAAUUACUUUCUAAUUGCA